UCUGCAUCUCUUGAUUCAUAAACCCUGACCCUGUCACACGAUUGGUAUUAUAACUAAAAAAUAUGAAUUCAUUUUCAUUCCUUCUCCUUCUUUUUCCGGAAUAUGUUUAUAUGUCGUUCAGUAUUGAACCAUCACCAACGGUUCAAGGGGUCUACGGCAAUCCAGUUUACUUCAAUUGUACGUUGCCUGUAACAUGGAAGUAUAUUCACUUCAAAAUAAAACACGAAGUUGGCUACAAGUUUGCCUUAUUCAGUGGAGGUGAUUGUAAGGUCCAGCAAAGCAAAGCAGAUCAGUACACCGUUAGUUGCCAUGGAAACACUUUUACCCUCGGGAUUCUUCGACCAAAAGACAACAUAACAUGGGAGUGUACUUAUAAAGAUGGAAACUCCACUGAGGAACAAUUCGGCGGCACAACUAUUGAUUUACAACCAGAUAUUCCAACCGUGUCGCUAGGAAAUAUGACGUACGUUUACACUGAGGGCUCUGACGUCAUCAUUCCUUGUACAUUUUCUGGUGCACCGAUUUCUAACGUCACGUGGCAGCGAGAAAAUGAAGUAAUAAUGUGGACGCAGAAUUCAAAUGGGCCUUUAACCCUUAGUAUAAAGAAUGUCUCCAGGACAGCGGCAGGGAAUUAUACCUGUAGUGCAACAGUCAAUUUCAAAGGAGUUUAUACUGCCUCUGAAUCAUUCAUCUUGGUCGUUGAAUAUCCCCCAACUCUGGUUCCGGGUGGCAAGAUGGUAGAGGUAAACGAAGGAUCGACCCUAGUUAAUUUUACUUGUACGAUACAGAGUCAUGGAGUUCCCUCUAACUUUAUUGCCAUGUAUUGGCAACAUUGGGUAGGAAAUCGUACUGUCAGAAACCUGACUUCAGAUAUCGGUAUCUCUCGCUUAGACCCUGCAAGCUCAACAUUCACAUUAUCUUUACCAUCGAUUUCUUUGUUUGAUGCUGGGAGUUACGUUUGUAAAGUUGGAAAUGGUGUAACUGAUUUGGAAGGGAAUGUUGAAAAGGCUGCUACAAUUGAUCUGAUUGUAAAAAGUAUUCCAAAACCCAUUCAAAUGAAAACAUAUUACUAUGAAGAAAUUGGAAAAGCAUUCCAUAUAACUUUCCAAUAUGUUGGAAACCCGGCAAUAACUGUACAGAUUAAACCUAAGGAUGGUCAAAUCAGUCCCUCGUUCAACGUAUCAUUGAAAUCCGCCUUGUUACCAAUAAACGUGUACAAUAAAUCGGUUUAUGUGAAUGGAUAUACCGCUGACAUGGACUUUGGAACAAUAAAAGAUUGGUUCAACACAACAUAUGAAAUGAUCGCAGAAAACGCGUUAGGUACAUCGAAUUACACCUUCUUCGUUGAAGGCCAGGAUUUUCCCAGUAAACCAUACCACAUAUAUUUUAAGGAGUAUGAAACAUCAGCUCAACUUGAAUGGGAGGCUGAAGUUCCGGAUUUGGACAAACAUUACACUGUCCAUGUAAAAAACAGUGUUGGAGAAGACAAACUGUUUAAAUAUCCGGGAACAAAUUCUGAAAUUUAUUCAUACUAUUUGACAAACCUUUCUUCGAAAUCAAACAUCAUUCAAAUAUGCACAGUAAAUGGUGUAGGCAAAAAUUGCUCUUCUACGUUCAAAAUCAAAAUGACACAGGACUCUCCAAAAACAUUGGCGGUUUCAAGCAAUCGGAAGUCCAAGUCGGGAUUUAACGUUGGUGUUAUUCUCUCCAUCAUCAUUGUGGUUGUUAUAGGGAUUUUUGUGCUUGUUCUGGUUCUCAGGUAUCGACAUAAACGAUCUUUGAAAAAAUACAGAAGACAAGCGUCUCUUUUGGGAAGAGACGACCACCCAGUGCAAAGAAUAUCUUGCGCUCCGGUCAGCAGUGGAUAUUCUGAAAGUGAAUCUCGUUCGUUUAAUACUUACCUCACACCACAGUGUAUGACGUCACUCCUGCCAGAAUCGCCAAGCUGUGCAACAACUUCCUCGGAAGGGGGUGAAUAUGCGAGAGUGGAUGAUAUUGAUAUCCAGAAACUAAAGGAACAACGCAACCAAGGCGAAAACCCGACAUAUAGCGAAUACACUGAAAUAACCCAACCAAAGAACGUAAGAUACGUGAAAAAGAAUUGUAAGUGAUGUCUUGCUGAGAUCAAGGAAAUAUACAACAUUUUUAAGAAACAGAAACCCCAAUUUUAAGCCACCUCCUGAAAAUUCACCUGGAUUGAGAUCAAUAACAUACCGCUUGUCAAAUCAAACAAGAAACAAUACCAGAGUCCUGAUUGACAGAUUUGGUCAAGCGUGUCAGCUGGACACCGAGACCGGGUGUGUUGAUAGCAAUUAACGGUUCAAUUAAGAGCAUCACCCCCCUUUUAUCCACCGCAAAUAUUUUGUAGUUUUUUUUUUAUUUCUUUGCAAUUGAAUAUAAUUAUUAACAUUCGAUUGGAAAUAAAUCGGUUCUUUAACACUGCAUGAUCGCAUCACGAAGAGAAAUUUGUCCAAAACUACAUACAUAAAAAAUAUUAGUUUUUUGAAAUGAAUACGAGGAAAUUUAAGGAUUAUGAUGGGAUAGAAGGACACGUAGGAAAAAGGAAACGUUUCUGUAGAAUAAGUACAAGCUUUUCUUUUACGACAUAAAAACCGCCCUGAAUUUCCUCGAAGGAUGUCGAUCGAUCAUGCAUUCUCGUUGACUUGAACAAUUUUGUUAAACCAAUAGUUUUUAUUAUAUAAGUAGUACAUACCAUACAAACAAUCACUGUAAGAAAUAUCUAGUAGUUUAGAAAGGUAAAGUUUAGAAAGGUAAAAAAAUCUAGUUAGUUUAAAGUUCACCCAUUGCCGCGAGAAAAAUUGAAGACGAUUUGACCAGACAGACAGAAUAACAUUACAUCAAAAAAUAUUAUUUAUAAUAUCAGAUAGUUAUAAAACUUCCGAGAUAAAACUAUUUUUUAAAGAGUUCUAUAUAAUGAUAGUGAUGACAGUUCAAAGAACUUAAAUCAUAAUCGUAACUUUUCUCUCAAAUAAAUUAUAUAGGUCAAACCAAGAAAAAUAUUUAGAUAAAACGAAUUUAUUUGUAAUCGAGUUUUAAACCGAUAGAUUUAUUUUUCCAAUUAGUUUUAAAAGUUUAGUUUAUUUAUUCCUUCAGCCAAAUUGCUCAU